AUAAAAAGUUAGAGUAGAGAGCCGACGCCACCUGCCAUCGUACAAUAUCAUCCCAUUCCCCUAUCCUCUUGACGUUUUGAUUAAAGUCUUUGGUCUCACUGGAUCGGCCCCCUUUUUUUACGUUACCUCACACUGCACCAUUGUAGUGGAUCAGGAAAUAGAAACAAUUUUAUACAUCCAAAAACGUCAUGUCGAGUCCCGUGUCCAGAACCGAAAAGGAAAAACAGAAGCUAAUUCAGGAGAAAUGCCAGACAAUUUUAGCCUCGAUGUUACGUGAUGAAGACAACAAAUAUUGCGUCGACUGUGAUGCCAAAGGACCAAGAUGGGCUUCAUGGAAUCUUGGAAUUUUCCUAUGUAUCCGUUGUGCAGGAAUUCAUCGGAACUUGGGGGUGCACAUAUCUAGAGUUAAAUCAGUCAAUUUAGAUUCGUGGACCCCAGAACAAGUAGUUUCCCUGCAGCAAAUGGGAAAUAGCCGAGCAAGGGCAGUGUAUGAAGCCAACCUUCCUGAUAGUUUUCGAAGGCCACAGACAGAUUCAACCCUGGAGAGUUUCAUAAGAGCGAAAUAUGAAGCUAAAAAACACAUAGCCAAAGAAUGGGUUUGUCCACCGCCAGUGAAGGUGUCAUGGGAUGCCGAGAUUGAAAUGGAAAUGAAACGAAAAAAGGAAGCCAAACGCAAGACCAAUGGAAGUCCUGCCACCACUCUCGAGUUUCCUCCUAGCCAAUCGUCGUCACGCACUCCUCGGACUGCUGAAUCGACGUCGACAAUCAGUUCAACUUCCUCAUCAGCGGUAAAAGAAGUUAGCCUACCGGCUCCGAUCGAAGUGCCAUCCCUACCUGCACCUACCAAAACUAGCUCGGCCGCUCAAGACCUAUUAGGAUUAGAUACGGCAAUCAACAGCUCAACAGGGAAUGAUUUAUUUGGUGGAUUAUUAACGACACCUGUACCAGCUGCCACUAAUAAUGGUAGUACUAACAAUGUAAUGGGAGGAGCCUCGAAAAAUGCCGACGAAGACAGUUUUUUCAACCAGAAAACACCCAGUACAACGGAGAAACGAACAUUGGACAAGAAUUCAAUUAUGGCCCUGUAUAACCAGGGCGGUGCAACCACUUCUGCUACUGUUCCACCUAUGCAAAAUAUGUUUGCUUCUCAAGGAGUUUAUUCGACUCCUCAACCGUCAUACAUACCCAAUCCUUCAAUAAAUCAAUCGGCAUUUGGAUCGUCUCCGUCAAUGAAUCAAACAAGCGGCAUGAUGGCCGGCAAUUUCAAUCCGCUUAUGCAACAGCCAGCGCAGGGCAACAUGUUUUCUAGUCCAAUGUUUUCAACGAACGGCGCGAUACCUCAAACAGGAGCAGGGCAAAUGGGUCAACUAUCCCAACAGUUGAACGGGUUGAACUUUGGCGGCCCAACCGUGCAUAAUCCAAUGAUUCCUGCUGCUAAUACUGCGAAUUUAGUCCCUGGUAUGAUGAUGAUGGGUAACAUGUCGAUGAAUCCUGCCAUGGCUGCUAACAACAGUAAUCCCUACAACAUGUUUAUGGGACUGCAGUCGGCCCAACAGCAACAGCAGCAACAAUCCCACACCAAUACCUUGUCCACCAAUUUGUGGCAGUGAGAAGUGAUGAUUGUUCCUCCAUUCAAGACCAACGAGUUAAAGAAGAGAAAAAUACCAAAGGUCUCCCAUCCCCAGGGUUUGUUUUCGAAUUUUUUCUCUCUCUCUCUCUCAAAAGUCCGAUCGGAUUUACCACUCGUUAUAGCUGUUAGUUUUUCGAUCGUGGUUGUAUCAUCGGCGUAGUAGAUAUUUUUUCCUUCUCGUCUUUUCUCUUUUUUAAAUGCAAAGCAAAAAACAAACAAAACAAAAUCUUUAGGUUAAAUGAAAUGGGAGGAAUAGAGAUAUUUUCUAUUUAUUUUUUUCCCCAGCACGUUUGCAGACAUUCAGCAGAGCUACCCAUCUUAUUUGAUUCCACGUAAAACAAAAGAAAUUCUUCAGAUUCCAUGUCCCAUCAAUUAAUCAAUCAAUCGAAGUUAUUUUGUCCUCAAAUUUUGAAAUUUCCUCAUUGUCAAAGAAGGAAGUAACAAUCACACACGAUACGUUCGUGAUUCUUUUGUUUAUAUAACAGUGAUACCUGAUACGAAUGGAAGGACUCGUGCGAAUUCCCCCCUCCAAAAAAGUUAAUUUUCUUUUUAAUGGAAAAAGUCGUUGUUUUGUGGCCGUUUCGCUCUUGCCUAAUUAUCUCUGUUACUCUUUUGCUCCCGCCCAUUUCUCUUACUUUCCAUGUUUACGGCAUGUUUAAAAAAUUUUGUUUUUCUUUUC